CUGUAAUUUAACUUGAUGACAUUUGCCACGCCUUUAAUUUUCCAGUUAAACUGGUUUGCCUUAAACCUACACAGACACCUCCUUGUUUUCUUUUACUUAGUCCUGUGUCGUCAGGAAGUUGUCUCGCACAUAGACGAACACCGUUGACAGAAAAUGUUCGGCGGAAAUCAAGACAAACAUCCCUCGGAGGCCUACGGCCUGAAGCCUAACACAGGGGACAAGGACUGUGGUGUCUUGGGCCCUGUGUCUGGUGGGGAUGGUCGGAGCGGAGGAAACGUUCAGCAAAAAGACAAAAAGGAUCACGAUAAAGACUCUCAGGUGGGUGACCGUCGAGGAGGGGACCGUGAUAAAGACGUUCCUCAGGGGGGAGACCGCCGAGGAGGGGACCGUGAUAAAGUCGCUCCUCAGGGGGGAGACCGCCGAGAUCGCAAAGAAGGCCGGGAGCAUAGCCCUCGUCGUCGUGGAAGCGGUGGUCGUCACAGCGACGACAGCGACAGUGACAGUGAACAUCCCAAACACGGUCAUGGACAUGGUCAUGGACAUGGAUGUGGCCGUGGACGUGGACACGGACGAGGAGGACAUAGUUAGAGAGGUGAAUACAGGUAAUAGACUCCACCGACCCCCACACGUCCUGUGAAACUCUACCUGCCAUUGUGCAAUGAAAAUAUUGAAUGCUAUAUUUCUGCAUUCACAUGAAUAAAACAUUUACAAGACAAA